CGAGCUCUUACUGCUGGGUUUUGUGCUUUUUUUGUUGAAAGCGUUCUCUCUCCUCUCCCCGCUGGAUAUUGCUCUUUUGGGAAGAAAAGUCUACGGGAAAGUUGGAAUUUCGAAACCAGGUCCAAAUCUCGGGGGCGGACCCCCCCCCGAAGACGAGGAUCUCCGGCUUUCUAAUAACUGUCCAACAAUUCAUUCUCAGUCUUUGAAAGUUCUGGAUCCUUCAGCAGGAACAGUGCCACUGCCUGGCCCACCUUCCCCGCCAAAAAAACAGAUGUGUCCAUGACUGCAUCCAGCGUCUAAUGAACCAUGUUCAACCCAAUGAACCCACCAGUUAGCAACUACGUGGAACACUGCUAUCUUCGCCCCCUCCAUGGGCAAGGGCAACCCAGCACCAUGGUGGAAGGAAUCAGUGACUUGCCAUACUGCCAUCAGGCCAACUCAAUGGGAAAUCACCACAUCUAUGGGGUGGUGCCCGGAAGUGAACAUCCUUCUCAUACUGAUGGUACUCGCUUCUCUACACCCCGGAGCACAGCCAAGCUGACAAAGAAGCGGGCACUGUCCAUCUCCCCACUCUCAGAUGCCAGCAUUGAUCUGCAGACUGUCAUCCGCACCUCUCCCAAUUCCUUGGUGGCUUACAUAAACUCUCGCUGUGCCUCAGCUGGUGGCUCCUACGGGCACCUCUCUAUUGGCACCGUCAGCCCUUCCCUUGGAUUUCAGACCUCCAUGGGCCACCAGAAAGCUCAGGGAAUGGCAUAUGGCCACAACCCACCUAUGGUUCCCUGUGGAUCUCAUGAACACAUGCCUGGCCGGCCAGGGAUGAUGCACCAUAUGCCGCCGCCCCGUGGGAUGCUGAAACACUGCCAGCUGAAGUCAGAGCCCAGCCUGGGCAGCCCUCUGGAUGCCCUGAGCACCAAGUGCAUGGAGGAGUGCUCGGAGGGUGACAUUUCCAGCCCAGCCUCUACAGGGACGCAGGACCCAUUACUAGGCAUGCUUGAUGCCCGGGAUGAACUGGAGAAGGAUGAUGGGAAAGUGGAGGCUGAGGCGGUGUAUGAGACCAACUGCCAUUGGGAAGGGUGCUCCAAAGAGUUUGACACCCAAGAGCAGCUGGUGCACCACAUAAACAAUGAACACAUCCAUGGGGAGAAGAAGGAGUUUGUGUGCCACUGGCGUGACUGCUCUCGGGAGCAACGGCCCUUCAAAGCUCAGUACAUGCUGGUCGUCCACAUGAGGCGCCACACAGGAGAGAAGCCCCACAAGUGCACGUUUGAAGGCUGCAAUAAGGCCUACUCACGCCUGGAGAACCUCAAGACCCACUUGCGCUCCCACACGGGUGAGAAGCCCUACGUUUGUGAGCACGAGGGCUGCAAUAAGGCCUUCUCCAAUGCCUCAGACCGGGCCAAGCACCAGAACCGGACACAUUCCAAUGAGAAACCCUACAUCUGUAAGAUCCCAGGCUGCACCAAGCGCUACACGGACCCCAGUUCCCUGCGCAAGCAUGUCAAGACAGUGCACGGACCAGAUGCCCAUGUCACCAAGAAGCACCGUGGAGACACCAUGCCCACCAGCCGGACGCUGGCCCUCCAUGGUGACAUGAAACAAGAGAGAGAUAGCGAGGGCAGGAAGGAAGAAGGGAAACUCACGGUGCCUGACUCUAACUUGAAACCACAGCCCAGCCCCGGCGGCCAGUCGUCCUGCAGCAGUGAGCGCUCCCCUUUGGGCAGUACAAACAACAACGACAGUGGCGUGGAGAUGAAUGUCAAUGCAGGCGGCAGUCUAGAAGAUCUGUCGGCGCUGGAGGAACCGCCUGAGCCCAUGGGCAACUCUGGGCUGUCAGCACUGCACAAGCUGGAGAACCUGCGCAUUGACAAGCUCAAGCAGCUGCGCAAGCCCCUGUCCAUGAAGGGGAUCAGACUGCCUUCCAUCCCUGGGACAGGCUCUGCAAGAGAGAUGCCUGGCCUGUGUGGGCCACCUUCCGCUGUCUCUCAUCGGCGCAUCAUGGAGCUGUCAUCCAGUGAAUUGCCCUCCCUACCCCCACCAGGUGAACGUCGUGGUAGCACCACCAGUACCGUCAGCUCGGCCUACACUGUCAGCCGCCGCUCCUCCAUGGUGUCACCAUAUCUGCCAGCAGGGGGAGGCCCUAAUGGGGUAGGCCCACCUGACGUGUAUGACCCCAUCUCCCCUGGCACCUCCAGACGCUCCAGUGAGGCCAGUCACUGUGGAGGCCUUCCAGGGCUGGGCAACCUGACACCAGCCCAGCAAUACCGCCUCAAGGCCAAGUAUGCUGCUGCAACAGGUGGGCCACCUCCAACCCCUCUACCCAAUAUGGAGAGGGCUGCUCAGCCCAACAUCAUGGGGGAUUACUCUGGCUCAGGCUUGCCUCCUUUCAUGCGUAGACACAGUGCCAACGAGUACCACAGUUACAGCACUGCCAUCCUCCACCCCCACGUAGCUUUGAGCCACAAUGCUCGACGAGCCAGUGAUCCCUCCCAGACGACCGGCGAGGCCCAUCCAACUCCCAGAGUGCAAAGGUUCAAAAGCCUCAGCAAUAUGAGCCCAGCAGGCAUGGGCAGAGCCAGUGGACAGGCUGUCGGGGGCUCUGAUGCCAACCUGCAGCGCCACCUCUUCUCGCCACGGCCGCCGAGCAUCAGCGAGAAUGCCUUUUUGGAGACCGCAGCCAUGGGGGGCACUGGCCCAGCUGGAGAGCAGGAACUGUUGGAGAUGGAACCUUAUAUGAGCUACCAGGAUCAGAGCUACCCAAGCCAGACGGCGGGCAUGGAGCUACAGAGCACUGCGGCCCAUCAAAGCAUGCCCAGGGCGAUGGGUGACUUGCAGCUGAGUCCCACAAGCCCUGAGCAACUAGAGGGUGGCUUUGAGCAGCCUCAGUAUGCCCAAUCCCAGUGCCAGAUGAGCCUGGCUUUCCACACCACACGGCCCUGGGGCAGCGAUGGCUCAGGGAUUAAUCCUACAGCCCCUGCUGCCAUGGGGCAAUGCCACUCCAACCAGUACCCAAUCCCUGAUGCCAAGCACAUGGCAGUAGAGCCUGGCAGUGAAGGCCCACGGGGGACAUUCCAGUUUGGCCAGGCCCACAUCAAAGCCGAGCAGCAGUUCCAAGCCGCUGCUCCCGUUCUUGCCUCCUGCCAAGGCAUGAAGCAACUGCCCUAUAGCCAAGCCCAACCAGUCUGCAGAGGGGGCAGUGGGUACCAGCCUGAGAGCCACCAGGGCCCUUGCUUUGGCAUGGGGCAGCCCUCCGGCAGGAGGCCCCAGACCCCAAUGCUGCAGGUCAAAGAGAUGAUGGUGCGGAGCUACGUCCAGUCGCAACAAGCACUGAUGUGGGGGGACCAACCAGCUGGCGACAUCGUGAUGGGCAUGGAUGGCAUGGAGAGCGGGCCGUGCCAGCAGCACCAGCCUUACCCUGGCCCCAAGUACCCCAGCUACCCUGCCAGGCCUCCACAAGCAAUGGAGAACAAAGCACUUUCGAGCCCCAGCAGGAGCCAGUGUUACAACCCAGGGAUGGCCCCACACCCACCUGGGGGACCCAAGCCAACAAGCCAACAAGGCAGCUUGAGCUACCAAGCUGGCCUCCCUUAUGAGACCCCCAACGAGGGCAGCCCCCACCGGAUGAUGCGCUUACCCCCUCUCCAUACCCCCGAGGAGGCUGGCUUUUCCAGCCAGAUGCACAUGCCAUUGGGCAAAGCUGCCGGGCACAAGUUGAUGCAUGCCCACCAAAGGCAUCGCCAGCCGCCCAGCUGCGUGGUGGAGGAUCCGGGCGGGCCCUACACCCCUGGGCUGGAUGCCCUCAAAUCAGACUCUUUCUCUUACCUGCCAGAGGAGCAGGUGUCCAACAGCUUGGACACUCUGGACUUGGAGAACACCCACUUGGACUUCACGGCCAUCCUUGAUGAUGCAGAGGCCCUCAGCCCCACUUCUCCACCCUGCGGCCCAGCCAACAUGGCCGUGGGAGAUAUGAGCACCAUGCUGAACUCACUGGCAGGGGAGAACCAGUUCCUUAACACCCUUUCCUAGUAUAGCUGGGCUCCUGGCUGUGACAAUGGGGACUGCUAUGAACCAGACCCAGACCAGAGGAAGAAUAGACAAGGCAAGGUACUGGGCUGGACUCAAUAACUUGAGGUUGAGGAGAGGGCUCUGUGGAGAGAGGGAGUCCAGCCAUUAAUUUCCAGGGUUGUCUUUUGGUACCAAAUUGCGUCUGCCAUGCAUCCUCAGAAACCCUGGAUCAGGUGGGUGUCUCUUGCUGAAGACUCUACUGAUGGUACUGCAUGAAGGAUGGGUGGCCAUGGAAAAGGAAGAGGAAUCAUUCCACUCUCCCAACGAGAAGAGCACAACUCAGGCGCUCCUAAAUUUCAUCUGUUCUCUGUCUUUUCCUCCCUCCCCAAAUGAAACCAGUAUCCUCGACAAGCAUUCCCCCCUAAGUGCCUCUUUCUUGGAGUGCCCUGAACCUCGAGCGGGCUGGUCCACAGUUGCAGGAUAUCUGUACGCCUCCUGUGCCAGGUUCUAGAGUGUUUGUUGAGCACAGCUGCAUACCUAAGGCCCUUGCCAACAUGGACACAUUUUUUUCUACAGAGGAAUACUCUUGAAAACAGGUUGUUUUUUUUUAAGGCAAAUGGCAUACGUCACCUGGAUUUUGCAGGAGAGAUCUGUGGGCUUGAGCAAGUAGGAAUGUUGUCUCCUGUUCAUGGUCCCUUCUUGCAAAAUCCACAGGGAAGGAAGAAAGAGUGUAUUAGAAUUGGUCCUGGGUUUUUGUCCUCACAGAGGUUCUGGGGGCUACUGGUGGGGCUCAAAGCAAGCGCUAAUAGCAAGUCCUCCUUUGCACAUGGCAAAUACAUUUCAGGCCCCUUCAGACCUUUAAACUCACAUCCAGCAUAGUUGCUAGCCUGCCUGAAGGCUGCUGGCCAAGUUAAACCCAUUCUCCUAAACUCUACAGUAUAGUUACAAGACGGCCACUUGCCGCGAGCACCAACAGCAAAGCCGUGAAAAGUAACCUCAUGAACACCCAACAACUCUUAUCACUUGUCUUUUCAAAUUCUUAUAAUAUUCCACCUUCUGGGCAACAGCCUUAUCUAAAUUAUCCUUACUACUUUCCCAUCGCACAGUAACAUCAACAACCAUUGCCCUACCGUCUUUAACGAAUACAAGAUCCGGCUUGCGUAACUCGUUCCUAAUAUUCCUCAGGUGAGGUUCGUGAUAAACCUGCCAGCCUCUCUUUUUACCCUCAUUACAUACAAUAUCCGCAAUCUUAUUAUGCCUAUGUAUCCGAGCAUCCUGUACAGCAGGACACUGUCCCAAAAUAUGUGAACAAGAUUCAUAGACAGCACCGCACCUACGACAACACUUAUUAACACCAUCCCUACCACGACCUAAGAAUUCUCUAGUGGGGAACACAUUGGUUCUCGACUUCAGUGCAGUGAUAUAAUCCCUCUCAGACAUAUCCAAUUUAUCACCAAUCCACGCGUUACUAAUUGGAUCCUUCUCAAACAACUGGCAGCAUUACCCUGACACACAUAAUCCCUCCACCUAGCUAAUUCCGCUUUCCUAUAAUCCAAGGACAACUUAAUUUUAACUUUAAUAGGUUUCUUCCAUAUAACAUCAAGCUCGCUUUCCUGAACAUCAUCUGGAAUUUCCCACAAACAAAGGAGUUCAUCCGCCACACCUCCAAAACUACACCAUAAACUCUUAAACUCAUCCUCCAAAUUUAAUUGAUUAGCAACCAAACGAAUAACACUAUCUGAUGACCGGGCAACCCUUAUUAAUCUUUUCAGUUACAUAGCAGGUACAGCUUGCUCUAACUUAGCUAUACCCAAACCUCCAGCCUUCUUCCUUACAUAAAAUAAGCUAGAACAAGUUGACAUGGGCAGAUGCAACCAUUCCUUAACCUCUAUUCUAAUUACCUCAAUCCACCUUUCUUAGCACAGUUUUAGCCAGUUCAGUAUGAUCACACAAGUACAAUACUCGCGGGAUCAUAUAAACCUGCAAAAUCUUCACCCUCUGAGAUGGCUUUAAUUUAGCUCUACUUAUCCUUUCUAACCAUAUUCUAACAUCAUCACCAACACUAUACUUACUAACACCUAUCCAAGGAUCAAUUUUAACACCAAGAUAUUUUUCAGCCUCACCAGGUGGGAUCAUAUGUAUAGUAUCCAAACCAAUGGACCAGGGCAGGCAAUUAUUAAUAACAUAAGAAUCUUUAGUUGGCUGGAUAAAAAAACCAUGACACUUCUUUGGUUGUACCUUGAGACCAGUUAAACUACAGAACUUGUCUACUGUCCCCAGCUUCUUUACCAUCUUAUCAUAACAAUCACUAAGAAUAGCAAGGUCAUCCACAAAGGCAAGGGACGUAAGCCCCCAUCCAUCCCCUCGAACGCCCGCUUCCUCCGCCUCCAAUCUUACUAAAAGCGGGUCCAUAGCCAAAUUAAACAAAAGGGGAGAGAGGGUCACCCUGCUUAACACCGACAUGCAGAUAAAGUUUAUCUGUGUCCCAACCUCCUAUAGUAAAACGGGUACUUGCAUUAUUAUAUCCUCCAUGAUUAUUCCAAUCGUGUGCAUAUCUAUCCUUCUUAAUUUAAGGACCUCCAUGAUAUGAUCAUGGGAAACUGAAUCAAAUGCCUUGGCGAUAUCAAUUAAAACAACACCAACCUCUUUCUUACUAACUUUAGCUUCCUUAAUUACAGUCUUCAUAAGCCAUAGAUUUUCAGCGCACCCCGCACAGAAAUAAAGCCGCGCUGUCUCUGGUUUAUGGGACAAGCCUUUUGUAUCCUCAGCGUCAGAAUCUUAGAAAACAGCCUCAAGACUACUGAGGAAAUCGUUAAGGGCCUCCAAUUACCUACAUCCUUCAGCUCUUUUUCAUUAAUCGAUUUUGGGAUCAAAGUAGACCUACUCCCCUUAACUGCCUCUGGAAUGAUUCCAGUGACCAACCAUAAAUUAAACAGCUCCUUUAAGAUGACACCAUUUUUAUCUUUAGCUAUUAAAUCAGUAACACUAAUACCAUCCGGUCCUGUUGCCGUUCUUUUAUUCAUCGCCUUCCUAUGGUAUAAAAUUUCAUCCUCACUAGUUCAUCAAACAUCUUAUUAUCAGGAACAAAAGCUCCCAGCGUCUGAAAGUUUGAUUUAGCUUCCCAUUUGUCCUUAUAUGUCCUAAAGACGUCCUCAAGAGGUAAACCACAUUUAACUGCAUAGCGCUGGUCAAGAACAUAUGAUGCCAACUCUGACCUGUUAGCCUUAAAUUUAAUCUGCAUCUGCUUAUACGUAAACUUCAUUUCAGCUCUAUGUUUCAUCCACUUUUUAUUCUUGCCGUUAGACUUUCUACCCCUCUUCCUUUUUAUAGCUCUUGUCUCUUCCCUUCCCCUCUUAUCCUGGACCCCAGUCGAAUUACAACCUAUUUCACUUAACACUAGUUUAGACACCUGGUUAACUUUAAGUCUAAUUAAAUCCUCGUUAUCCAGCCAUCAAAUGAGAACCUCCCAAAUCCUUCAUUUCAUUUCGAGCCAAAGUAUCCCGAAUUAAAAUUUUAUAAUUCUUCUCCAAAUCCUGAACCACACUAAACAUAUCUUCAUUCAUACACGCUUCAUCCUUCUCCGCCCCACCUACACCCUCCAUCCUAACUUCACUAACCUCAACUCUCAUUCUGUCCUCCUUUCCUUUAAGCAAUCUCCUCUAAUCCAAAAUCUGUUUAGCAGACUUCGUACUAAGUUCAGAUUUGAUUGCUUUAUUAAUAAAUCUCUCCUUACUAUACUUAUCACAAAGCAACUUUAAUUGAUCUUCCUCUUCCUGCGUCCAAACACUGCCUUUUCCUUGCCCACUUGAACCUACUUUCUUAUUCGUUGUCUUUAAACCCUCAAUCCAUUAUUACGCACUUCAAGAUGAACAUGCCGUUUAUGCUGGGAUAACCCUGACUUACUUGUAAAGCCUUGAUUACAAACUUCACAAUUAAAUGGAUCAGCCCUCACCACCUUAGUUAUACCUUUACAUUUGGGAAAAUGAGUUAGUAUUGAAUGAGCCUUACCACUAAUCCUUUCACAUUUAACACAACCAUAAGAUAUCUGCUCUCUCCCAUGGGUACCCAUCAAGUGAAUUGAGAGAACUGCCAUGAUUCCAAACCUCUCCUUACAUAUUGGGCAUUCUGGCUGCGCAGCUGGCAGCCAAACAAUAUUUGGUUGUUUAAUAAUCGUAUCUACAUUCACAUCCACUUCGUCAUUUAUAUCCUCACAUUCUCCCUUACCCAUUUCCUCUCUAUUAGAACAGUCAUCCUCAGGGUCCAGGCUCAUCAACCCCAGAGGACCAGCUGUACACGCUGUAUCCUCAACCAGAGGGAUCCUUUCUCCUGCUAGGUCACUGAUCAUUCCCAAAUUACCUACCUCAACUGGUCUUUCUGUAACACCUGCCAGUGAGGUAGUCUCGGACAUAGAUAAUAAGUCCUUACUGGUGACAGUACCCGCUGUUUGAGUACCCACAGACACCAGGUUCUUUUUCAGGCUUAUAAGCACACUUGCAUAAUUCGCACCUGAUCUCUCCCACUGGAGAGAAGCAGAUACGCCACCAUUCUUUCUUGAAAGAAAAUAGGGGCAAUCACUGCAACACAAGCUGAUGCAGGCCAUAAUGGUAUCUAUUGAGGGUGGUCAGUGCGGAUUCCCACUUAGCCGAGUCAGUAGACUCGUUUCCAGCGGGGCCACGAGGAG